AUGCAGAGUCCACAACAAGUCUCAUUAGAGCUGAAGACACAACGAAGGCGCAGAGUUUCCGCUGAUGACACGCAGCAGCAAUUGCUGCUGCAGCAGCAGCAAGAGCAGCAGCAGCAGCUGUUGCUACAGCACCAGCAGCUGCUGCAGCAGCAACUGCUGCAGCAAAAGCACCUGCAGCAGCAGCAGCAGUCCCUUCUUUCUCGUGCAGCUGUGAGUUUGGGGCUUCCUGUGGAGUGCCGCCCCACUCCUCGCCCUGCUGCUGCUGCUGCUGCUGCUCCUGCCCCUGCUGCAGCACCAGGUGUAUGUACAGCUGUGCAUGCUGCUGCACCGGUGGAGGCGGCAGCCAGCAGCACGCAUCGCGUCCCCUUCCGGCUGUCUGUGGGGUCCUCUAGCUGCCGCAGCGAGGCUUCUGCUGCAGCACCCGCUGCUGCUGCUGCUGCUGCUGCUGCUGCUGCUGCAGCUAGCCAGCUGAUGCAGCAUGGCCCCAGCAGCAGCCGCCGCCGCAGCAGCACCAGCAGCAGGAGCAGCACGUGGCUCCCCACACUUCUAUCUUCUGCUGCAGGCAGCUGCAGUAGAUAUCCCUCAGGAGUACAGGUGAAGCGCGAGGCCUCUUCUGCUGUUGCUGCUGCACCUGUUGCUGCUGCUGCUCCCGACGCUGCUGCUGUUGCAUGGGCUGGGGCGGCGAGUCCUGGCUGUUAUUCCCCUGCUUCAGCAGCAGCACAGCAGCAGCUGUUGCAGCAGCAGCCGCUGCUGCUGCAACAGCACGAAGGGUUGGUGGAGCAGCAGCAGCAGCACGGCUCGUCCCUCUACAAAACGCAGCAGCAGCUGCAGCAGCAGCAGCUGCCCCAGCAGCAGCACAGUGCGAUGCUGCUUCUGCCGCAUGCAGAAGCCAUUGUGGGGUCUGAUUCGCCGCAGCCAGCAGCAGCAGCGGAGCAGCAGGAAAAGCAGCAGCACCUACAGCAGCUGCAGCAGCAGCAGCAAGAGAGCUGGCAGGGGCUGCUGCAACAGGAGGAGCAGCAGACAAAGGAAGAGAAGCGCAUGCAGCAACUCCAGCCCCAAAUGGCGCGUCUCCAAGCUGACCUGGAGCACUUGCAGCAGCUGCACCAGCAGCAGCUGCAGCAGCAGCAGCUACAGCAGCAGGAACAGCAGGUGCUGCAGCAGCAGCAGCAGCAGCAGCAGCAAGAGCAGCAUCAUGUGCUGCUGCCUCUUCCUACUUGUAACGAUUCUGCAUGCACUGCAUGCCACUUGCUGCAGGGAUUUGCUUCUGAUGCAAUGCAGCUGAAGCAGCAGCUGGGCGUGCUGCUGCAGCGCCUCCGCAGCAACCCCGCAGCAGCAGGAGGAGCAGCAGCAAGACCGACAACUGCUGGAGCAGAAGCAAUGACAGCAGAGCCCGCAGAGCCUGCAGCAGCUGCAACGGCAGCAACAGAACACACACGGAACAUUGCUGCUGCUGCUGCUGCUGUGGGGCAGGACGACACAGUGCAGCAGCAGCUGAGACCAGUAGUGCAGCAGCAGCUGCAGCAGCAACACGAGCAGCUGCAGCAACGAGAACAGCUGCAUCUACAGCAGCAGCAGCUCAGGAAGCAGCAGCAGCAGCAGCAGCAGCAGACUACGCAGCAGCAACAACUGGGCCAGCAGCAACUUCAGGUGUCUCUGCAGCUUGAAGGCAUCAACGAACGGCAGGCAAAUCUGCAGCAGCAGCAGCAACAACAACAGCAACUGCUGCAGCAACAGCAGCAACAGCUGCAACUGCAACAGCAGCAAAUAGAAAGACUGCAACGGCAGGUAUCGGUGCUCCAAGAGGAGCAGCAGCAACUGCUGCAGCAGCUGCAGCAGCUGCAGCAGCUGCACCAAACCGCUCAAGAUGAAAAGGCGCAGCUGCAGGCAACGCUGCUGUACUUCGUAACGCACCACAAGCAGCAGCAGCAGCAGCAGCCUGCUGCAGCGGCAACAGAUGAUUCUAACGCUGCUGCUGCUGCUGCUGCUGUUACGCACGCGGCCCUCCCACAAGCAGCAAAAGGAAGCAGGAGCCGAACAUACCAGUUGCAGCAACAGCGCCUACUGCUGCAGCAGCAGCUGCAGCAGCAGCAGAAGUUGCUGCUUUCUCCUUUGAGUGUGGCCAGCAGCGGAGCGAGCAGCUCGAGGCCCACAGCAACGACAGCAGCAACAGCACCGUUAGACGAGGUGCAGCAGCAACAGCAGCAGCAGCAGCAGCAUCGACUGCUUCAGAGUGACAGUGCUGCAGAAGCUUCUAGUGCUGCUUCUGCACUAUUAACAGCAAGCCCGAUACGCAGCAAGUACACACCCGCUGCUGCUGCUGCUGCUGCUGCUGGGAAGUACCGCCGCAGCAGCAGUGUCUCUAGCAGCAGAGGGAGCAUCCCCAGUGUGAUUUGCUGUCUCUUCCGCUGUCUUGCAGCAGCAGCAGCAGCAAACUGCAGCAGCAGCCCUUUAAGGCUGCUGCCACUGAGAGCUGCACCUGCAGCAGCAGCACGAGCAGCAGCAGCAACGGCAGCAGCUGCAACACCAGCCGCAGCAGCAGCAGCCGCCGCCGCCGCCGCCGCAGCAGCAGCAGCAGCUACACCACCGCAACCCGAGAACCAGCAGCAGCAGGAACAACAACAACAGCAACAACAACAGCGGGAGCAGCAGCAGCACCACCGCCACCCCCCACCAGACCAGCAUCAGCAGCAACACCUGCAGCAGCAGCAGCAACAGCAGCAGCAGCAGGAGACAAUGGAUGAGGAUUUGACUCCUCCUCGCCCCCGCCAGGUGGUGUCUCCUCUUCAGGAGACACUCGGGGCCUCAGCAAACGAAAUGCAGCGCUCUGAAUUGCCUGGGGGUAGCGAGCGCUCGCCUAUUUCAAGACGUAGAGCCUGGAUGCGUGGUUCUCUUGGCGUAGAAGGUAUAGCGGAAGGCAGCUCGAUGGGAGGUUAUCCAGCAGCAGCAGCUGCUGCUGCUGCUGCUGCUGCUGCUGGUGGUGCUGCUGCUGCUGGGGGAUCUUCAGCAGCACCUAGCGAGUAUAGCACAACGCCUUUAGCUGUACGACGAGUGCGAUAUGCUCGAGCAGAUCUAGGAGAUAUGGGUCGCGAGUUUCUAUUGCUAGAUGAGCAAAUGCAGAAGCUACCUGAGCUCCCUCGCGAGGUCGUAGGCCCUGAGAUGGAGAGAGCCUUCGACAGAUUUUUUGAGACAUUUAACCUCGCCGAUUAUGCAGGAGGGGAUACGGGAUGGGUGUUUGUUGCUGCUGCAGCAGCAGCAGCAGCAAAAGUUUACUGUCUGCGGUGUCUAGACCCCACAAGAGACGUAGAGAGAUUAAUUUGUCUCCGCGGUGUUGUUAUUCGCGUCUCCGAAGUCAUCCCUGAGAUGACGCUUGCUGCAUUCAGAUGCCAAGCAAGAGACCCGCAGGGCAGACGCAUGUGCCAGCACGAGGUGUAUGCAUGCGUUUUGAACGGCGACGUGCUGCAGCCUUCUCGCUGCCCUUCUUGUUUAUCUCUUAACUCUACUUCUUUGUGGUUAGAGCAGUGCUCAUUUGCUUCUAAACAACUUAUUAAAAUUACAGAGACACCCGAGCACCUGUCUCCAGGAGACACCCCACAAAGUCUUACGGUGUAUGCAUAUGACGACCUCGUCGACUCCUGCAGACCGGGAGACAGAGUUGAAAUCACCGGUGUAUAUAAGGUCUCCCCCACUCGUGUAAACCCUCGAAUGCGGGUGCAGCACUCUGUGUUCCGCACAUACGUCAAUCUGCUGCAUGUAGUUAAAGACGAGAGAGACAAAGCAACCAGAUCUUCUGCUGCUUCUGCUGCACCAAAGCAGCAGCAGUCGCAGCCAAAGCAGCAGCAGUCGCAGCAGCAGUCGCAGCAGCAGCAGCAAGCUGAAGAGGAGACCGUCUCCUUCUCUCCCGAGCUAGAGAGACAGAUCAUCACCCUCUCGCAAGACCCAGACAUAUAUCAGAAGCUGGUUGCUUCGUUUGCUCCGUCUAUAGUUGGAAGGGAUGAUGUUAAGAAAGGAAUUCUUUGUCAGCUGGUUGGGGGCUCGCGGCUGCAGCAGCAGCAGCAGCAGCAGCAGCAGCAGCAACUAGGGAAGCAGCGUAAAGCAAGACCCCACAGAAGUGAACUCCAUGUGCUGCUCUGCGGAGACCCCGCAACAGCAAAGUCGCAGCUGCUGCAAUACGUACACCAAAUCGCUCCUAGGGCUAUUCUGCACGAGGUGAUGGAGCAGCAAACAGUGACAGUGGCGAAGGCGGGGAUCGUCGCCUCCCUCUCUGCGCGCACCGCCAUCUUAGCCUCAGCAAACCCUGUCAACUCCCGGUACGACCGGCAGCGCGCAGUGGUGGAGAAUAUAAAUUUGCCUCCGUCUUUGUUUUCGCGGUUUGAUUUAAUUUAUUUGCUGCUGGACACAGCGUCACCUCAAGCAGACAAAGCGCUAGCCUUAAGGCUGUGCAAGGCAUUCGCAGGAGACCUUAAUGCUGAAGACCCUAGCAACAGCCCCCCUCUGAAUAAGAGUCUGCUUGCUUCUUACUUAGCUUUCUGUCGCUAUCGCUGCCAACCAACUUUGUCUCUUGAAGCAAAGGAGGCCCUCAAAGCGGAGUACCUGCGUAUGAGAAGAAGAGACGUCACUAGCAAACAUCCUUCUGCUUCUAUUCGCCAGCUGGAGUCGCUGCUGCGGCUUGCUGAAGCUGUAGCAAAGCUCCGGCUGUCUCCUCAGGUCUCAGCAGCAGAUGCAGCAGAAGCUGUGCGACUCGUUCAUGUGGCCACCUUCCAGUCCCUUGUUGACCCCUUCUCAGAUCUUGUUGCUGCAUCUGCUGCUGUUGUUGCUGCUUUUGGUGCUGGCGGUGCUGCGGCUGCGGUUAUCUCGAAGUGUGCUGCUGCUGCUGCUUCUCGUUUCGGACAUCCUUCUGCUUCUAUUCGCCAGCUGGAGUCGCUGCUGCGGCUUGCUGAAGCUGUAGCAAAGCUCCGGCUGUCUCCUCAGGUCUCAGCAGCAGAUGCAGCAGAAGCUGUGCGACUCGUUCAUGUGGCCACCUUCCAGUCCCUUGUUGACCCCUUCUCAGGUCGUAUUGACUUCGAUCAGAUUCAUGUGGGCCAGAGUCGGCAGCAGCGGCUGCUGCAGCAGCGCUGCAGCGAGGCGCUGCAGCAAGUGCUGCUGGCAGCAGCAGCAAGCGGGUCGGGCUCCUUGACUAAAGAAGAACUCCACGCGAAGGUGCAAGAGCUGCUGAAGCUGGGUGGAGGCAGUCCCCAUGUCGAUAUGAGUACACUCAAUGCAGCGCUGCAGCAACUCGAAGAAGACCAAAUCGUCGCUCGAAAGCCAGGGGGUCUCUUCCACGCUACCGUUGUUGCUGCCUGA